UCAAACACAGGAACGUUCCGCUGUACCUUCUGUCAAACAGAAGUAGAGGAGGACGAAUCAGCCGUGCCAAAGAAAGAUGCCCGCACUUUGGUGGCGCGAUUCAACGAGCAGAUCGAGCCUAUCUAUGUAUUGCUACGAGAGACGGAGGACAUCAACUUGUCACACGAUCUCCUGGAGCCCGAACCGUCAGAAAUCCCAGCCCUAAAACAAAGUCGGGAGCGGGCCGCCCAGAUCGCAGGAGGAGCUGGUGCAGGGGCACCUGGUCGGGAAGUAUGGAAAAACAAGGGCUCAUCGUAUGACCUCUACUCGCAGGAUGUGGUCAUCAGCAUGGAAGACCAGGAGCCUCAGCCUGGCCAGACUACCGAGGGAAAAGCCCCCAAAGAGAGGCCCGUAUGGCUGACGGAAAGCACAGUGCAGGGAGCGUACAGCGAGACAGAUGCUCUGAAGCAAUCUGGCGAGGACUCUAUAGUAACCCAGGAGGGAAUGUCUGGACGAGGAGCCGCACAGGAUGAGAACGAGGAGGUGAUGCUGGCUCUCCUCAUUCACGAGAAGAGGAGCGGAGUUGGUCCAGGAGGUGCUGUCGUCUCCAGACCGACCGUUCCAGCGGCUAACGCCAGCGACAGCGACAGCGAUACCAGUGAAUCGGACGAAGACUCGCCGCCUCAGGCUCCAGCCCACACUAUGCACAACGCUACAGCCCUGCGGCCAAGAAAACAAGAGGAUGAGGAGGACGAAGAUGAUGAGUUCGAGGAGGUCGGGGACGACCAUGUGGUUAUGGUAGGGGGAAGACCUUUCUCUUACAGGGAAGUAAGCCAGAGACCUGAGCUGGUGGAACAGAUGAGCGCUCAGGAGAAAGAGGCGUACAUUGAGAUGGGCCAGAACCUCUUCCAGGACAUGUACUUCUGAGUUCAUCAUGUCUGUCUGCAUCACAUUCUUUCUCGCUUUUGUCCGUUUUUUAUUUUUUUUAAGAAUAGUUUUGAUCGCUAUCACCAAGGUGUUGUGCGACGUGCCAGAGCUGAGAAAUGUAGUGUUAUAUCGUUGACCGUUCUUCUUUUU